ACCUGGAAUAAUCGUCGUGCCGCACGUCUCACGCAGCCUCGUGUCCCGCUUGUUCGCUAUGACUCAGGCCCGCGGUCGCCUGGUCCGCGGGUACCGAUGGCGCAACGCACGGGCGUGAGCGCGCUGAUGAGGGACGCCGCGCGGCGCGACGCGCGUGCGAGCCGCUCUGUCGCAGUGCCAUUCAUCGGCGGCCGGCGGCGAGUGCUUCCUGCGCGUCGCUGGCGGCGGCCCGCCAUUGGUCGGCCGGCCCGUGAAUCAGCGCCGCUCCGCCAGCUGACGCGGCCGACCCCGGCCGGCGGCCUCGGCGGAGCGCGGCGCCCGACCGCCGGUCAGUGACGGUCCAGCGGUGGCGGCGGAAGGUAGCGUACCAACCGCUGCGUGAACACAACCAUGAUCGGAGGUGACGUGAAGCGAGAGGGGCUGCAGCUCAACUUCAGCCGCAGCAUCAGCGCGCCGGCCGAGGAGGCGGCGGCGCCGGCGCCGGUGCCGGCCCGCCUGCGGCCGCUCUCCCUGCCCACUUCUCCCAGCUGCGAGCUGGCCGACAGCAAGAAGGCCACCGUGGUGGCGCGGACCCGCUACUGCUCAUGCCAGGAGCUGGCCAAGCGGCUCUCGGCGGGCCGCAGCCCCACCUGCGCCCUGCUGGACGUGCGACCCUUCAUGGUGUACAACCAGUCGCACAUCCAGGGCGCCAUCAACCUCAACUGCAUGGACCGCUUCAACCGGAGACGACUGCAGCUGGGGAAGGCCUCGCUGGCCGAGCUGGCCUCCAACAAGGAGGCCAAGGAGCUGCUGAAGCGCAGGACGUACCGCGAGUUCGUCGUUUGUGACGAGGGCACCACGGACUUGGAGAUGCUGCCCGCGUCGCAUCCGCUCUUCAUGGUGCUCGGCGCCCUCCUGGAGGACAACCGGGAGCCCGUGCUGCUUACAGGUGGUAUGGCGGCGUUUGGUCGCGAGUUUCCCUCGCUGUGCCGGUCGGAGCUGCGGCCUAUGGGUCUGGACGGCCCCGACUGUGUCUCUCAGCUGAGAGAACGGGCCGACGAGAUCGAGAGUGCGCAGGUCACGCAAAUUCUGCCCUUCCUCUACGUCGGCAACCAGCACGAUGCCAAGGAUCUAGUCAGUCUCAAGAAUUGCGGCAUCACCCGUGUGCUGAACGUCACGGCCCACGUGCCGGGCUACCACCAGCAGCAGGGUAUCAGCUACAAAACACUGCCGGCCGCCGACUCGGGCCAACAGAACAUCAGCCAGUACUUCGAUGAGGCGCUGGAAUUCAUCGACUGCGCCCGGCGCCAUCAGGCCAGCGUGCUGGUCCACUGCGUGGCAGGAGUGUCACGCUCGCCCACCAUCGCCAUCGCCUACAUCAUGAAGUACCUGCCGAUGAGCAUGCUGGAGGCCUACCAGCUGGUGAAGGCGCGCCGGCCCAUCAUCAGCCCGAACCUCAACUUCAUGGGUCAGCUGCUCGAGUGGGAGCAGUACCUGCGUCCGUCGAUGCCGGCUCUGACGCCGUGUUCGGAGGAGGCCAGCGGCGCGGCGUGCCUGCCCGGCCCGCCCACCGGCCAGCAGAGCCCGUGCCGGCCGCUGGAGACGUGUACCAGCUGACGUCGCCCCGGCCCCGGCCCCGGCCCGUCCCGGCGCCGUCGGACAGACGCGCCGCUCGCCGGGCCGUCCGCUGCGGGCGCGGCGGCGGUGGUACGCCGCCCGCCGCCGGCCGCAGCAAGUAUUACGCCCAGCUUAUGUGCUGAUCUCAGCGUGCAGUCCGAGCGGACCAUGUGAGCCGGUUGUGGUUGUGACCGUCGCCGACUGUAGAGGCCCGCCCGCCCGGCCGCCCGGCCGCCGUAGUUUCCGUCUGAUAGGGCUGUCGUGGCGGGCAGGCGGUGUAGCUUCGUAUACCGGCGCCCUACAUGGCUGUUCGGUUUCACGGACAGUCUCGUUUGUAAUCACGUGUGCCAUGUGUUGUACUGCCCUGUCCUCCUCGGAUGUCUCAUAUCGUGGUUGUACCAAUGUUCGGAGGCGUCGUUCGCGCGCGUUCUGUUAGACUAGCACACUGUCAUCACCCACCAUACAGUCGAGUCGGUGAAGCGGGCAUAGUAUCCAAGUGGUCGAGUAUGUAUUUAUUUUAUCUCAGUCAUGUGUAGAUAUUGAGAGAGGAUACAGCGGGGUCGAGUCGUAUUGUUUCAUUAAAGAACCCAUCAGCAUCAGUAUAAUAUCCAACAAAGUGUGUGCGUGUGUGAAAUAAACCAAGAGUUUGA